AUUUAGUUUUCUGUUUGUUGUUAAACAUCUAACAAAAGCGCUUCGCACGCACAGCAAACCGGUCGAUUCCGAAUUCAGACGUGCUAAAUAACGUUUGAAAACAAAAUUUGCUCGGUUGACGUUGUAAAUAACAACACGGAGGCUUUAAAUCUGGCUUCAUCUUUUUUUUUUUGGUAAAAACCAGCAACAAACAAAACCAGCAACGAGUGUGUAUGGGUGAAAAGUUAAGAAAAAAGUAAAAGAAGUUUAAGAAUAUUAGCACAGAAACGCACAAAUACAUAGAUACGUAUAGGAAAAGGAGCGCGCGGUAAAACAAAAAAGAAGAGGAGCAAAAAGAAGAAAAUCGCCGACUGCGAAAACGGCGACAAAGUGAAAUUGAUUAUAAACGGAUAAUUUAUUUAAAAUAAUUACCAAUCAGCGGCGUCAGUUAUAAAUAAUUAAGAAAGUCAAGAAGAAAAGCAGCAGCAGCACACCACACACACAUCGGCAGCGAAAAUGGCAACACUUAACAAAUUCACAAAAACGCUGUCCAUUGAUGAAAAGGCGGAGAUCAAGGAGAAAUUCAUAGAGUUGGAUGCCAACAAAGAUGGCUUCAUCGAUCUGCACGAGCUAAAGGAUGCCCUCAACCAGGUGGGCUUCAAGCUGGCCGGCUACCAGGUGCGCGAAAUGAUUGACGAGUACAAGGGCAAACAGCUGACUGCCUUCCAGGGCAAAUUGAAUCUGGAGGAGUUCGAGGCACUGUGCCUGGACCUGAAGAGCAAGGAUGUGGCCAGCACAUUCAAGACGGUCGUCUCCAAGAAGGAGAACUUGGAGACCCUGGGCGGCAUGUCGAGCAUUUCGUCGGAGGGCACCACCCAUUCGGUGCGCCUCGAGGAGCAGCUGGCCUUCUCCGACUGGAUUAACUCGAAUCUGGGCCACGACAAGGAUCUGCAACAUCUGCUGCCCAUCGAUAGCGAGGGCAAGCGCUUGUAUCUGAGCAUCAAGGAUGGUAUUCUGCUGUGCAAAAUUAUCAACCACUCCUGCCCGGACACAAUCGAUGAGCGUGCGAUCAACAAGAAGAACCUCACCGUCUACCGGGAGUUUGAGAACUUGACCCUGGCCUUGGUUUCCUCCCAGGCGAUUGGAUGCAACAUCGUAAACAUCGAUGCCCACGAUCUGGCCAAGGGCAAGCCACAUCUGGUGCUGGGUCUUCUCUGGCAGAUCAUCCGCAUCGGUCUGUUUAGCCACAUCACCCUGGACAGCUGUCCGGGAUUGGCUGGCCUACUCUUCGACAACGAACGUCUCGAGGAUCUGAUGAAGAUGUCGCCGGAGGCCAUCCUUUUGCGUUGGGUCAACCAUCAUUUGGAGCGAGCCGGCAUCUCGAGGCGGUGCACCAACUUCCAGUCGGACAUCGUCGAUUCUGAGAUCUAUUCGCAUUUGCUGAAGCAAAUUGCCGGCAAUGAUGCUGAUGUCAAUCUGGAUGCCCUGCGGGAAUCCGAUCUGCAGUCGCGCGCGGAGAUCAUGUUGCAGCAGGCCGCCAAGCUCAACUGCCGCAGCUUCCUCACGCCACAGGAUGUCGUCAACGGAGUCUACAAACUCAAUCUAGCCUUCGUGGCUAAUCUGUUCAACAACCAUCCAGGAUUGGACAAGCCCGAGCAGAUCGAGGGACUCGAGUCCAUUGAGGAGACGCGCGAAGAGAAGACCUACCGCAAUUGGAUGAACUCAAUGGGCGUGGCACCGCACGUGAACUGGCUUUACUCCGAUUUGGCCGAUGGUCUGGUCAUUUUCCAGCUGUUCGACGUCAUCAAGCCGGGUAUUGUCAACUGGAGCCGUGUGCACAAGCGUUUCAGCCCGCUGCGCAAGUUCAUGGAAAAGCUGGAGAACUGCAACUAUGCGGUGGAUCUGGGCAAGCAGCUCAAAUUCUCGCUGGUCGGAAUCGCAGGCCAGGAUCUAAACGAUGGCAAUGCCACGCUGACGUUGGCUCUCAUCUGGCAGCUUAUGCGUGCCUACACCCUGUCCAUUCUGUCCCGCUUGGCCAACACUGGCAACCCCAUUAUCGAGAAGGAGAUCGUCCAGUGGGUGAAUAACCGACUGUCGGAGGCAGGCAAACAGUCGCAGCUGCGUAACUUCAACGAUCCGGCCAUCGCCGAUGGCAAGAUCGUGAUCGAUCUGAUCGAUGCCAUCAAGGAGGGCAGCAUUAACUACGAGUUGGUGCGCACUAGCGGAACACAGGAGGAUAACCUGGCCAAUGCCAAGUAUGCCAUCUCCAUGGCCCGCAAGAUCGGCGCCCGUGUCUACGCCCUGCCCGAGGACAUCACCGAGGUGAAGCCGAAAAUGGUGAUGACCGUUUUCGCCUGCAUGAUGGCCCUCGACUACGUGCCCAACAUGGACAGUGUGGACCAGAACAACCACAACAGCUCCGCCAACAACAGCAAUUAGGCGCCAUAGCCACAACUCAUUUAUACAUAAACAAAAGGAUGGGAUUUUGAAAGGGAAGAACAGAGUGGGAACUACGUAAAUUUGUCGUAUUCGCUAAUUACUAAUAACUCUAUUCGAUUGCGUUCCUUCCUGCGCUACCAAUACAUUUUUGUGUUUUUUUUUUAUUUCAAUUACUUUUUGUAAUUUUUUUAUUAUAUAUUUAUAUAUUAUAUAAUUGAGUAUGAGUUUCCCCCUAUUGUAAUUAAGCAAACAGAUUUUAGAGUGUCGCACAUCUGUUUUCGAGCCCGGCGGGGUGUUUCUUAAUUAGUUUUGUUUAACAAUUGAUUAAUUAUACAACUGUAACCUUAUUUUAUAAAUAAAGGUUUAGCUUGUUCCGCUUAAAAUCCUUAAAAGAAAAGAAUGGUGAAACAAAAGAAAGAAAAAAAAAGCGACUUGUGCAGGAUUAAGAAAGAAUUAUAAUAUUAACAUUGCGACGAAAACAAUUAACUCUGUAAUAUAUAUACAUAUAUAUUUAUAUACGAUUACGAUAUGCGUCUAUAUACAUAACAUAUAAAUUUACAUAAAUCGAUAUAUUUUUCCAUAAACGCGUUGCCUAAAGAAAGAUAACGAACGAAGAUCAGGAAUGGGGAAUAUUCAGAAACAAAAGAAGUCGAGAAAAACAGAGAAACUAAUUUUAUAUUUACUAUAAAUUUUUUUGCGAGUAAUUGUAAGACGCCUUUGUUUAUGUGUUUUUUUUUCAACGUGCGUGUUUGUUCAAUUUCUUUUUACAUAUUUGUAUAAUUUUGCGUUUAAGUGCGUUAGAGCGAGGUGGCAAUAGGUAUCGCCAACACGGCGUAGAAAGAGAGGGCAACAAACAUUUUUAGUGCAAUGAGGCGACAUACAAAUCCAAGAGAAAAAACGAAUUAAGAAGAAGAUGAAGUAAUAUUAUAUGCAGAAUAAAAGUAAAACAAUAAAGAAAAUAAAAAUACC